CAGAGCCGCAGCCUGCAGCAGAGGCGUUCAUUGACACAUGGGAAAAUGAUGAGCAGCAUCAACAGGGGGAGUGGGACUGAGGCCUCCCAUCCAGAUGCUCGGCCCAGCAGCCCCGCCCCUCUGAACAUGAACCACUACACCAACAAGAAGAGUGCAGCAGAGAGCAUGCUGGAUGUGGCUCUGCUGAUGGCUAAUGCUUCCCAGCUGAAGGCAGUGCUCGACCAGGGGCCUGACUUCUCCUUUUACACCCCAAUUGUCACCCUAAUCAGCAUCUCCCUCUGUCUGCAGGUCACAGUUGGGGUCCUGCUUAUCUUCAUAGUUCGAUGGGACCUGAAUGAUGAACAAAAACAUUGGAGGUUAGACAUUUUGGAGGACUUGGCUACAUGUCUGGUUUUUAUCAUAGUGGUCGUGAAUGUCUUUAUUACAGCAUUUGGAGUCAACAAGCCAAACUAAUGUGAAUGAACAACAACACACAGGUAUUUCUCUUCUGAUCACAAUAUCCUGUCUCCUUUGCUGCUCCUUGUUCUCUCUACAAGCAGUUUGCCAUGCAUGCAGUCAGCAUAUUUUUGGUCCUCACCUCCCCUGACCCGACCUUCACAAUCCCCCUACCUGACCUAAAAACACACUGACCUCUCCAGGCUCUCAGAGAAUUUUCCACCGGAAAACAACACAAAAACAAAAAUCCAACAGCUGGCUCAUUUACCAGAAAAUCUUUGUCCUGCACACCGCUGCAGGCGGAGCGAACAAGAGAGAAACAGCAGAAAUUACAAUGGGGUCUGGUGCAUAAACAACCCAACAUUUGUUUUUGGUGGACAAACAGGAAAGUGGAGACAGCAGCAGUCAGGCACAUGUGACCUCAUGCUGUCUGUCUCCUUUGCUGCCCGGGAGUGAACUAAAGCCCUGCCAGACUACAAAUGCACAGUUAAACGUGCAUAAAAAAUGGAAAAACAGGCUUCAAUUUUUAAUGAUAUCAAUGACGUUCGUGCAAGAUGUCAUGGUUUCUGUCUGGAUUGCUUGGACUGGUGUCAUGGGGCAACUGAGGGAAUGUACACAAGAACAGGGUGUGCCUCAUGUGAGUCAAAGAGCUGUCCAACCUCCGCAGGUUAACCCUUCAGCACAGCUGUCCACAACCACAGGCCACAAGCCUAACAUGACAUUAAAACAAUGUUUGGUUGUGCCUCGACUCUCUGAGCAAAGCUGGAGUGUGUCUGUGGUUCUCUGGACCGGCAGCUGGUGAAUUCAUCAACACAGCUCAGAGCCCAGCUGAACCGCUUGUUAAACUGUAAGCCUUAAUUAGACAGUGUUUCAGCAAUGUCACCUAAACCCCAAAUUAGAGCAAAAGCAAAUGCUCAAUUUACACGCUCAACUUUUUAAACAAAACCAGUUUAGUCCGUUUUAUAAAAUCUGCAAAACACGUGAAGAUUAUUAAGACUGGUAUGUAGAAUUUCUUCUAUAGGAUCGUGACAAAGCACCUUUGAGAUGACAAACCAAUGUCACAAUCUGAUCCUCUUCCUCCUCCACAACUAUCAUUGGUUACCUUGGAAACAGGACGACUUGCAGAGAGCUAGAUUGAUGACACACACAGCUCCACUCAGAGCAGAUCUGUAGACUGAUAUAGAUACAUAAUGUAUGUCUUCGGCUCCCACACUUCUGGCUCCAUCUCAGUCCUGGCUCAGUAGGGGUCUCACUUUCAGAGGUUGCUGAUGAUCAAGGAGGAGUUUUAGCUUGGUUGAAGCAAUACGGAUCCCUCUUGGGAAUGAUGGAUACCAGCAUUCAAACUGGACAAUCACCCUGGUGACACUUCCA